AUGGACAUCCAGUCUGCCUCGCUGCCAGCAACCUUCCACAUACCUCGUACCAACAGUAUUCCAAUCCCACCAAAAUCCUAUUCCUUUGAGGAUAAAACUGAGCCCUAUAUGUUGCCAAGUAAAAAUAGUCUAGACAUGCAUUGCGAUAUAUCCGACUCGGAUAGUACAGACUCUGACGAGAACCCUGUGGAUACUUUCCAAGAUUUGGGAGUGGCAUUGAAGAGAUAUGAGUUUAAUUUCUGUGCUUUAGAUAAAAGUUUUCUCAAACUUGAUUCUGUUAUUGUGGACCAGGCGUUCCAAAUGACAAGCGGAACAGGAAGGGCGUCCCGAUACGAGGGAUACCACCUAGGGCCUGACAUUCCCUGGAAACCUUACCAUAACCAAGUGCAGGACUACAAACCACACAUUUAUAGUAACACAGUGCGGUCCUAUGACAGAGUACACGAGUAUAAUCACGUACACGAAUAUAAUCACGUGCACGAACACACGUACAGAGAGUACAAGUCAUCAUACAAACCGGAGUACCGGGAGUACAGGUUGAACAUUAAAAAGAAAGAACCGAAACCUGCACCUCCUCCCCCACCUCCUAAAGUCGUUCGAAAAACCGUGAAGAAGAGAUAUGGGGAUUUACACUUGUGCUACGCUCUGCCAAUGGGUCCGGAUAUACGUGUCAAGGAACAUAGCUAUAUAGAGUACCAGAAAAGUGAGUAUCAGCCAACUUACAGCGAGUACAACUCGAGUACUGAACAAUAUAUCAACAAAAAAUGGGCUCAAUAUAGUGGCAGUGUAGGCUAUAUUCUCACACCGUACAACCACUACCCAUUCAGAUGGGGAAACCACGACAAGCAUUAUCACUUGGACGAAAAUGGCAAUGACAUCACAAAAGAAUCGACACAAACAAGUCUAUCAAAAGUUAAUCCCGUUGUCUAUGUGGAAGAACCAGUCGAGGAAAACGAGCCGGAUGCUAUUGAAGAGGAAGAACCCGUGGAGGCGGAAACAGGGCUUUAUAGGGACCCUAGUAUUGAGAACACACCAUUUGUAGAACAGGAAAAUGACUUUUAUGCAGCGCCACUAGUGGUUACUGAUCAGGUUGUUACGCCUUUACCUAAUAACGAUCCUUCUGAGAAUGUUAAAGAACUAUCUCAUGAGGAAGAGCCAGAACAACCUGACUGGGAUGAGGAAGAUAAUACUGCCCCCGCGCCUAUUGUGGCAGCGGCGGCAGCGACAGCCACUGGUGGCAAUACUGCAGCUAAGGAAGCGGAAUAUCUCCCGGAGGAUCAAGCACACGAAUCAAUAAAGGAAACUGCAGAUCCAGUACCGGAACCUGUUGACAAUGAACCUUCUGUGGCGCCGGUAGUCGUCGCCGCUGCCGCAUCAUCGGCUAAUGAUGAUGUGGUACCAACACAAGAGAAAGCCAUCGAAGAACAAGUCGAGGAAUCAGGGAAAUGGUCUUCUCUCACAACACACGGCGCUGAAGGAGACGCCGAUGGUAAUUUGACCCCGGUAGAAGCGGUUGUAGCAGGAGCAGUUGUAGGCGGUGCAGUGGCAAGUCAGCAAGACCCAGUUCAAACGGACUUACCUAACGCCGAGACUGUGGAUCCUGCUCCAGCAAAUGAGGCUCCAACGAUCGAAAGUUCAGCGCCAGAGGCCGAAACUGCUGCUACUCAUGCAGAGCCUGCGCCCGUGGUCGCCGCCGCAGCUGUGGUAGCAGAAUCUGCACCAUCCGACGCCCAAGCUACAGAGCCGACCAACACGGGCAGCAGAUUACCACCAGAGGUAUUGGCAAACAUAGAGGCAUACAAUGAUGCGCAUGCUUCAGAGAUAUCAACAGUCGGAACAGUGAAGAGGACUUUGAAUAUGAUGCUCUGAAAUGGUCACCUGCUAUCACAUCUCACAAACCGAACACAUACUCUAAAAUGUACAUCGUAAACAGCUAUAUGUAUUUCGUGUACUGCAUAUGGCAUUCAUAUUGCUAAUAAACCGAAUUUUAAAGCACUCCAACUCCUGUGGUUUAAAUAACUCGCCAAAAAUCACUAGGACAUUGUACCGACACCAUUCCCUUUUAUGCCACGAACAUUGUGUACUUACUUCUGUUUUAGAGACUCCCUAACAGAGUAAGUGGGAAACUAGAGUCUAUAUAUAAUUAAAAUCAGUUGGGGCAGAAUUAGAACAGAACUUUUCAUCCUUUCGUCUUGUAGUUAUCAUAAGAUGAAAGCACAAUUACUGACAGUUUGCUAUAAUUGAUAAGAGUGUGUAUUACGUCACGGUGCGGAGGUACUGUAUACCUGGUAAUUUUCGCCCCCGUUUAAUUUUCGCCAUUUUCGCCCUUUGAUGAUAGGGCGAAUUUAAGUAUUGGCAAGGUUUAUUUGAAAAAUGAGCAAUGCGGUCGCAAAGGAAACCACUAGAUUAUGAACCCAUAUCUAGCGAAGACCUGUCGCUGUCCAAAUGCCAACAGAAUAUCACUAACUUAGUUAUUCUCUCCGAGUAUAUUGUCUUUGACACGUAUUUGUUAUUUUUUGAUGUUGUCAAUGUUAUGUAAAUUUAUGUAUUGUGUAUGUGUAGUAUACUGAUGAGUUGGGAGACUCAAAGUUAAUAAAGAACUUGAACGUGUCCACUCGUACACUCGGCUGUCAAACAAUCGCUAGACCAUCUAAAGAGUGUAGCGAAGGGAAGUAACUCUGAUGGACCAGACCGAUAUAUUGUAUGGCGUUCAUGUCGCGUGGGGGAAACUGAACGCUUCUUUCCCCCAGUUGAGUUGAGAGAGAAACCACGUGGAUCCAUGUCUGUUACUUGAACUUGAUGUUAAUGUAUGGAGAGAGUGAUUAAUCUUCAUAAAAUAAAGGUUUUAUUUGAUGGUUCAAA